UGUUGUCAUAUUCAAUUGUUAUUUGUUUACUUCAAGGAACCCCGUGAACAUGUUUUCAACGAACGAUUUUAUUACAUUCAAUUAAAUAGAUAAAUUUAUAAAUGAUGGCAGCGAAUGAUGAUAGUAUCGCGGUACCGAUUCUGUGUAUGUGCCGUUUGUGUCUUAAUUAUUCACAGGACUGCAGCGAUCUCAGCGAUUCAUCGAAUCUAAUCAUUCGAAAUCAAAUUAAAAAGUAUUUGGGUCUGGAGAUAAAUGAUGAUAAUUCACUUCCAAAGACGAUAUGCCAGCUUUGUUUCGAUCGAAUUGCGACGUUUGAUAAAUACUGUAAUGAGGUGACACAGAAUCAGCAAUUACUGUCAAAAUUAAAGGAUUCGUGCAAUGAAACACAAAUUAUAACAUCAUCGUCAAAUCUAAUUCAAUUGGCACCGGCAAUUGUUUCAAAUGCUAAUGGAACGCUUAUUAUUACAUUGCAAACAACGACGACACCAACGCCUGCCCAUACAAAUCUGACGGAUAAUGUUAUCAUUUCAAAGUUAAUAAAAGAACAGUGCAUCGAAUCAAAUGAGACGAUUGAUUUAGGCACCACCACCACCACACUUCACCUCUAUGAUAAAGUGGAGAAUGAAGCAAUUGAACAAAAUUACAUCAUAUCAACGGAAGUAGAUAAAUGUACAACAGCAUCCACCCAAAUCGAACGUGAAUUAGAUAAUCUCAAUUCGAAUGACAUCACUUUGGCCGAAAUACAUGGCGAAAGUGAUAAUGACGAUCAAUAUAAUGAAGAUGAGCAUACAAUUGAUGAUAACGAUGUAGCAAAUAGUGUACCAGAUCUCCAAAAUGAAAAUUUCAAAGAUUUUCCAACCACAUUCAUCGAAGACGGCAAACUAUUAUACAGAGGACGCGACUUAUUAGAAAUGAUAUCGAAAUUUUAUCGACUCGCAUGUGAUCAGUGCAGCGAUAAACCGAUGUUCAAUAGCCUUUCGACAUUGUGCGAACAUUAUGCGGAUGUGCAUCAAAUCAAAGGUUACGUGGUUUGCUGCAAUACAAAAUUCAUAAAACCACGAGCUAUGGCACUUCAUCUAGCACGCCAUUUUCAGCCCGACGCAUUUAAAUGUAGGGAAUGCAAUAAAAUCUUGACCUGUCCCAAAAUUUUACAGUAUCAUAUGCAAAAUCAUCUGCCCGAAUCACAACGACCACUUGCAUGCACACAAUGUCCACGGCGAUUUAGUUAUAGUUCGGCUUUGAUUGCACAUGCUAUUUCGCAUCAACCGGAAAGUGAACGAGCCGCACAUGUGUGCGACGAAUGUGGCAAAAUGUUUGCCUCAGCAGGUCGAUUGACAACGCACGUGAAUAGCCAUAUAAAACAGGGCCAAGAAGAAUUGGCAUGCCAUAUUUGUGCCAAAAAGUUUGCGUGUCGCAGUAAUUUAGCGUAUCAUUUAACAACUCAUCAGCCAAAGACUCAACAGGUUCAAUGUACAAAAUGUGAAAAAUGGUUGAAGAAUAAAUUCUGUCUUCGCAAGCAUAUGGUACAGCAUUCAUCGAUUCGAUAUAAUUGUUCGAUUUGUGAUUACUCGGCGCUGAAUCAACAAUGCUACCGCAAUCAUAUGCGAGUUCAACAUACGGAUGUGAAACCAUUUCAAUGUGACAUUUGCUUAAAAUCAUUCAAGCUGAAAAACACCCUUAGAAAUCAUCAAGUACAACACACUGGCGUUAGGCGUUUUGUGUGCCCAUUUUGUAAUCGAUCAUUUGCGUCCAGCGGUAAUUAUUAUUCACAUCGAAAGAGAAUGCAUCCGAAUGAGUUGGCCGCAAUGAAAUUGAAACAGGAAGAAGAAGAUCGACAAUUACGAGAACAAGCGGCUGUUAAUUAAUUUCGUACAUCUUCAUUCGUAAUAAAUCAUGUGAUCAUUUCAUAAUUUUGUUUUUAACCUUUAUUUUCUACAAAUAAACAGACAUAUUAUAAAUCAGUGUAC